GAAGGCAAACCAAAUCCACACAACCAGCGGCCCAGAAACGGGCACUCUCCCUCGCCUCUCCUCUCCUCUGCACCGCGCUCCUCGCCGUCGACCGCCGCAAUGCGGAGCCUCCGCGCCGCGCCCGCCUCCUUCCUCGCGCCGCCCGCGCCCCCUCUGCUCCUCCCUCCAUCCACUCCAGCCCCACGAGGCGUCUUCUCGGCUGCUGCUGCUGCCGCCGCCGCGGCGGCUAACCAGACGCAUGCCUGGUGCCCUUCGCCGCGGCGAGUGGUCCGGCUCCGGCGGCCCGCGCGCGCGGGAGCUGCGCCGUCCAGCGCGGCUUCGGUGGAGGACGCCAAGAAGGACGUGCUCGUAGCGCUGUCCCAGAUCAUCGAUCCCGACUUCGGGACGGACAUCGUGUCGUGCGGCUUCGUCAAGGACUUGGAGAUUAGCGAGGCCUUGGAAGAGGUCUCGUUUCGUCUGGAGCUGACGACUCCCGCCUGUCCGGUCAAGGACAUGUUUGAAGAGAAGGCAAACGAGGUUGUUGCAGCGCUUCCAUGGGUCAAGAAGGUCAAUGUUACGAUGUCUGCGCAACCUGCACAGCCGGCAUUUGCAGGGGAGCUCCCAGAAGGACUGCAGAAAAUUUCGAAUAUCAUAGCAGUUUCAAGCUGCAAGGGAGGAGUUGGAAAGUCUACUGUUGCUGUAAAUCUUGCAUAUACAUUAGCUGGUAUGGGAGCCAGGGUUGGAAUUUUCGAUGCUGAUGUCUUUGGUCCAAGCUUACCAACUAUGGUUUCUCCUGAGAACCGGCUACUAGUGAUGAACCCAGAAAGCAGAACUAUUCUUCCAACCGAGUAUUUGGGCGUCAAGAUGGUGUCUUUUGGCUUUGCUGGUCAAGGAAGAGCAAUAAUGAGAGGUCCAAUGGUUUCAGGAGUGAUUAAUCAGUUGCUAACCACUACUGAAUGGGGUGAACUCGACUACCUUGUCAUUGACAUGCCUCCUGGAACAGGAGAUAUACACUUAACGCUCUGUCAGGUAGCCCCAUUGACUGCAGCUGUCAUCGUUACCACCCCUCAGAAGCUUGCUUUCAUUGAUGUUGCAAAGGGAGUCAGGAUGUUUUCUAAGCUGAAGGUUCCUUGUGUUGCUGUUGUUGAGAACAUGUGCUACUUCGAUGCUGAUGGAAAACGAUUUUACCCAUUUGGGCAAGGGUCUGGAGCUCAGGUUGUGCAGCAGUUUGGAAUACCUCACCUCUUUGAUUUGCCCAUACGACCAACUCUUUCCGCGUCUGGAGAUACUGGAAUUCCUGAAGUAGUGGCCGAUCCACAAGGGGAUGUUGCCAAGACAUUUCAGAAUCUUGGAGUAUGUGUUGUUCAACAAUGUGCUAAAAUCAGACAACAAGUUUCGACAGCAGUCUCCUAUGAUAGAUCAAUUAGAGCAAUCCGAGUGAAAGUACCAGAUUCAGAUGAAGAGUUCUUGUUGCAUCCAGCAACAGUCAGAAGGAAUGACCGGUCUGCUCAAAGUGUGGACGAAUGGACAGGUGAGCAGAAAGUACAAUACGGUGAUAUACCAGAAGACAUUGAGCCUGAAGAAAUACGUCCUAUGGGCAACUACGCAGUUUCUAUAACUUGGCCUGAUGGUUUCUCUCAGAUAGCACCUUAUGAUCAAUUGGAAAUGCUUGAAAGGCUCGUGGAUGUUCCCCGUGCAAAAACUGCAGUGAUCUCUUCUUCAUGAUAAAGUAGAGAUAAUGUUCAGCCAGAAGGGACAAGAAAACAAACUUUUGAUACAAAUCGAAUUUCGGAGUUUCUAGGAUUACAGGGAAAAAUUUGUGAUUACUGUAACGAUGUACAAUGAACAACAUUUAUAUGAAUAGAAGGCAUUAUUCUUCUUAUGGGAAAUUUAACUUUUUGUCAUCUCAAGUCUGUAAACGGGAAUUUAAGAUGUGUUUUCGCCAUCCAUAAUCCACAUAUCGACCGAAAAGUCGUGCAAG